AUGUCGGAGGCAGUGAAGGUGAUCGGCACCCGGUUCAGCGCGUUCAGCCACCGCGCCGAGGUGGCCCUGCGGCUGAAGGGCGUCCCCUACGAGCUCAUCGCCGAGGACCUCGACAACAAGAGCGAGCUGCUGCUCCGGAGCAACCCCGUCCACGGCGGCAAGGUGCCCGUGCUCCUCCACGGCGACCGCGCCAUCCCGGAGUCCCUGGUCAUCGUCGAGUACGUGGACGAGGCCUUCGCUGGGCCGCCGAUCCUGCCGAUGGACCCCCAUGACCGCGCCGCCGCGCGCUUCUGGGCGGAAUUCCUCGACCCGAAGCACUUGUGGAGGCAGCUGUGGCUGGCGCUCUGGGCGGCGGACGCCGACGCGCGUCGCCGGUUCUGGGAGGAGGCAAAAGCGAGCCUGACGCUGCUGGAGGCGGAGCUCGGGGACAAGAGGUUCUUCGCCGGCGACGGCAUUGGCUACGUCGACGUGGCAGCAAGCGGGCUGGCAUACUGGCUUGCGGCCAUGGAGGAGGUCGCCGGGGUGAGCAUCAUGGCUGAUGAUGAGUUCCCGGGCCUGUGCCGGUGGGCGAAGGAGUACACGGCGAGUGAGACUGUGAAGGGGUGCCUGCCGGACUGGGACGAGCUCGUCGCCGGCUACGCAGCGAGCACAGAGAAGUUUAAGCUUGUAGCCCAGCAGGGAUUAUAG